UUCAUAUUACAAAGGCCACGUUGGAGUGUCUUCAAGACCAGUUUGAGGUCGAGCCAGGCAAUGGCAUGGAGAGAGACAGCUAUCUCAAAGAGCACAAUAUAGAAACUUUCUUCAUAGUGGCCAAACAUCCAAGAAGGCAACACAGUAUAGUCCACAGGAAGGGACAACUUGGUGACAUCAAGCCCCGAAAACUGUCCUUCAAGAGCGUCUCCAACUGCGUGUUGAGACUCAUGCGCUACAUCAAGUUUCGUGCGGAGAUCCCGUUCUCCAAUGUCCUGUCUGCCCAACAUGAUGACCAUAAGAUUAGUAUGGGCAGCAUUGCUGACAAGUUAAGAAGGCCCAUCAUGAACAAGAGACACUCACCGGAGUCCAGUCACAACAGAGUGAACAGGUACUUGAAACAGGCCAUCUUUGCCAGAAGUAUGGAGAGGGAGAAGUCUGAACAUGUCAACUUUUUCACACUCAGGUUCCGUAAACCAGAAAAAGAGAGACAGUAUCAGCUGAUGAAGGAUGUCUCCUUUGGCACCAGUCUCCUCUGUGCUCUGAUAGUGUUGGUGUGUGUAUCUGCUGUACAACUUAUCCUUCUGCCAAGAACCCUAAUGCUGCUGCUGUUGUUUCUGUUAACAUUCAUGUGGCUGUCCAUACUGCUCAUACUCAUCCUGGGUGCCAAACUUAAGUGUAUUCCAUUUGAUCUCCGUCAAAAGCCACGUGCUCGCCUUGCAGUUAUUAUAGUCAGUAUUAUACUCAUUUACGCAGCUGCUCAAGUCAAUAUAUUUUUCUGUGAAGGAGGUAUUCACACAGGGGAGCUCCAGCGCUCCAUCAUCAGUGCGGCAGACGACCAUCUCCACUGUGAGUUGCCACCAUAUUUCUACCUGGCGGCCAUGAUGUGUUUCCUGACGGUGGCAUUAUUUCUGAACCUCUCCGCCCUGGUGAAGUUCGCCAUGCUGCUUAUAAUGGUGGCCACAUUUAGUAUUGUGAUGCAUUUUACACACGUAUCGAUAUUUCAUCAGUAUGACGAUGACACAGGGCAAUAUAUUCCCACCAAUGUAGUUGGGGUCAUUGUCCUCAUUCACUUUGCUCUAGCCCUGUUUGUACAUGGACGUCAAGAUGAGUGGACACACAGGAUGGACUACCUGUGGAAAACCCAGGCAACUGAGGAAAAGAUAGAAAUGACGGAGCUGCAGAAUAACAACCGUAGAAUCCUGUGUAAUCUGCUCCCGGCUCAUGUGGCAGCACACUUCCUGGACAAGAAAUACACCAGUAAUAUGGAGCUCUACAGUCAACAGUAUGCCAAAGUUGGGGUGAUGUUUGCCUCUAUUCCAAACUUUGCCGGGUUUUACAUGGAACUGGAUGCAAACAAUCAGGGAAUAGAGUGUCUACGUGUUCUGAAUGAGAUUAUAUUUGAUUUUGAUGAGUGCCUUCACAACCCUCAGUUCUAUGCUGUGGACAAAAUCAAGACUAUUGGCUCCACCUACAUGGCAGCAGUGGGUCUUAUGCCAGAUUCUAUCAUUCAGGACACAGAAGAGUCAGUGACAGCCAACCUGACCAUCUUGGUCGAGUUCAUCUUUGAUCUGAAGCAUAAGCUCAAAGUGAUCAAUGAAAACUCCUACAAUAACUUUAUGCUGAAAGUUGGUGUGAAUGUUGGUCCUGUAGUAGCUGGGGUUAUAGGUGCCAAGAAACCCCAGUUUGAUAUCUGGGGAAAUACAGUCAAUGUUGCCAGUAGAAUGGAAAGUACUGGAGAAAUGGACCACAUACAAGUUACUGAGGAUAUUUUCCAAGCUCUGAAAAACCAUUAUGACUUCAAAACCCGUGGUGCCAUUAAUGUAAAAGGCAAAGGGAUCAUGACGACCUACUUCCUUCUUGGUCGGAAAGAUGAUGGCAUUUUGAACACCUCCCCACCAGGGGGCAGCACGCCAGUCAUGCCUGUAGGACUGCCCACUCCACCGGUGACACCUACAGGAAAUCCACUGCUCAGUCGCUUUCGUAAUCGGGAUGGGAAGAAGCAAGAUAGACCACCUUCAGUUGAAUCAAAGCAAAGUUUGCAGAGUUUGUUGAGAUCCAAAGCUCAUGCUUUGCAAAGUCAUUCUCGGCCCAGUAGCUUUCAUGAAGUGGCCAAUUAUCAGUCAAGCACUCCUCUCCUUUCUGAGGUAAUUAAAGAAUCUCCAUCAGUAUCAGCAAAGUUGCCCAAUCAUGGUGCUACACCAGCAACAUCCCCACCUGUGGAAUCAGUAUCUGGUAAUCCACCUUCAUCCCCUCCCUCCACAGGAAGUUUGAGCAAGAGGCGGCUGCAGGCAGGUGUUGGAUCAGAUUCCAAGGAAAACAUCAACAAGUUUCGGAAGUCAAGUGGCUCCUCUCUGCCUGCACCAAAACCCGACACCUCACGAACAACCUCUCCUGAACUGCCUGCCUACCACUUCAGGAAUGUGAAAGGCAAUAAUAUGCCACAGAAGGAACAAUUCACUCCUCUAACACAGUCCUUCAUUUUAGGCCGUAGUGGGAGGAAUGAUUAUGAGUUAGCCCCACAGGAAGAGGUCCCCACUGACAAAGUUGAGACCAACCCUGAAGAGACCUCCUUGCUCAACACUGUGGAUGUCUCCUCGGGAGAGUCGGACACUGAAGCACAGGAAGCACCUGUCAUGGCUGAAAGCGUCACCAGACUUCAUGCUGUCCCCUUAAAGGCAUCCUCCUCUGAAAGACUGAGCAGCUCUGGGAUCAUUAACACCCAUCAUCCUUCAGAAAAAAUCCCUACCCGCGACCGCAGCUAUCCACAACUUUCCUUGGAGGCAGUUAAGCAACACGAACGUCACAGCAGUCAAAGUAAUUCUCCAACCACACCUAUACUGGCAUUCAUAGAUGGACGAAACAUGUCACUGCAGGCAUCUUCGCCAAGUCCUAAGUUGUUUCAGCCCAUCCCCCAAGAGGGCCGAGGAGGGCAACAGAUGGACAGUCCCAGGUUUGAGGGCGGUAGGGGAAGCAGGAAUGGGGGGCCGUGCAGAGACAGCCCCAGGGGUGACUGGGGUGGAAGAGGAAGUCGAAAUGAUGGUGGGAGAGGAAGUCGUAAUGAGGGAGGAAGAGGGAGCAGGAGUAGUGCCCCAUAUAGGGAUAGUCCCAGAGGAGGAGAUGGAGCAAGUGGACGCGCCAGUCGUGCAACACCUUACAGCAGGGCAAGCCCCCACAUUGAUACCCCAGGGGCUGGGAGAUUAAGCAUGAUGAACAAUGGGCAGAGGACAUCCCAGGAGAGUUUAGACGUUGUGGAGUUGCCCCAAGUAUGGCAGUACCCAGCAGAGAGAGAUAGCCCUGGGAUACCCUUGCCACGCACAUUACAACCACAUAGACCAAAGCCUACCAAGCCUCAGCUGCAGAAGCAGAGAUCCUGCCCUGAAACAGCAGCAGGAAAGUUAGUGCCAGUGGUUUCUUCAACAGAAGGAACAAAUGCAACAAGCAAAACCCCAGUCAUUUUCCCUUCCAAUGGUGCACAGAGAGGAGGUGCACCACUCGUUCAAGGUUCUUCAUCUCAAAAGAGGGAGCCAAAGUUGAGAGCGUCCCCAACGGACCCACUUCAGUCCAGUUCAUCUUCAUCUCCUCCUACUCUCCCAUCACCACCAAAGGACUUACUCUAUGAUUAUCCAUCAGAUGGAGAAAAAAGUGACAGUGAUGUACAACCCUUUGUCACGCCCAACACAGUAUCGCACCUAACACAUCAUUCAUCUGAUGCAGAUAAAAGUGAUAGUGAUGGAGAGAGCAGUAGCCAUGACUAUGCAAACUUGCCGCCAGUGCGUCCACCUCGCCCAGGUGCGCCACUGGAGCCAAUAUAUCAGGGAUUACCCCAUGGUGCUGCUGCAACAGGAUCCAACUUUCCUCAAGGUGCUGUCAGUGGGGCACCGGCCACGGAAAAUGCCCCACGAGAUAAAAAGUGUAGAGCUCAAAAGGGUGCGUCAGGGAGAGAAGCUCACAAAAAUAGGGUUGGCAGUCCUGAACGUCCCAAACCAUUUUUCCCAGCAGGUGUAGCUGCUGCAUCAUCAUCGUCAUCAUCAGGAGCUACAGCAGCGCCCCCUCCUCUUCAUGCACCGCCAUCUUUUCAAGUCAAGCGACGAGGUCGUGUUGGGCUACCACCACGUCACUGUCGAAGUCUUGACUACAUCCCAAGCGAUCACGAAAGCUCAGCUCCGUCGAGUCCUGGAUUGAGUCCCAAACUCCACCACAAAUUACCCUCUCCGUCUCAGGUACGCGCCAUCUUUGGUGACAAUGCCAUUAAUUUGAGUUUAUCAUCCUUAAACAGUAGCGAAAUGUCGCGAAGUGAUCCUGCAAUUAACUAUGACUCCAGUUCGGAUGCCUAUAUAUCGGAGUAUGAUAACUACCGCCCGGGAAUGGCAAGUGAUGAGGAUUACUUUGUGCCAGAACCGAUUAGCGAUAUGGAUAUUGACUUCUUUGAUGAUAUCGAUAUAGAUAGUGUGACUGUAAGUGACACGUAUAGUUUAGACAUGCCGCGUCCGAGAAAUUCGAACACGGGGACAAGUGGAAGUAGUGGUGGAAAUGCCAUAAGUACAAAUAGUAAAAAACAAACAGAUCUAUAGCAAAAGUUGAAAAUUAUAGCCGACUUAGUUUUUAUACGUGAUGUUUAUGAAGCAGGCCACAAGGAAGAAAUAAGUGAACCAAAAGUGAAGGGACUUUUAACAGUUCAGCAGAUAAGAUCCAAAAAAGUGUUUUAUCCAUGCCAAAGUUGCAUCAGUGCAAGUGUGUGUGAAGAUCUUGACUUUUUUACAUGCUUGAUUUGCACAACAAAUGAAAGAAAAAACAAUGGGUCAAGUAGUAUUUUUGCUAGGUUUGGGCUAGUAUCUUGCAAAGAGCUUUUUGACAUGGUGGUGUACAUUAUGCAAGUUGCUGCAUAAAUUUGGUUUUAUGUUAAUGUUAUUGUUAAUAAUAUACAGAAUUUGUACACAGCAGUGAGUGUUUCAUUAAAUUAAUGACAUUUUUCUACGUUACUCCCAUGCCAAGAUUGUCAGACUUUGUACUGCGUAGAUUUGUAUUUAUUUGGGAGGGGGGAUUUAGGGGUGCAGGUUAAGGAGGUUCAUUCACAGCCUUUUUUUUUUUCAGAGCUCUCAAAAAGAAUCCUUAAUUAGUUUUAUUAAUUUAAUUAUUUUCACCUAUUUAUUUAUUUGAUAAGUAUGGACCAGCUGGAUCAAAUGCAUCACACCUCUUUUUGACAUCUAGGUUCUGCCCCGUUUUAGAGUUCAAGUACGAAUACCUAAUUGCCAAUCAAUUGUAAAAGUAGUGUUAUUUCUCUCAAUCUUACAAAAUCAAUAACUUGAAGAUUUUUUUCAAGGGCAUACAUAUGAUAUCAAGUAGUGAAACUUUGGUUUGCACUGACAGACAUUUUUGUAUCACUUGCAUAUUCUGUAUGUGUAUAUAAGCUAAUUUUGCAUUCGACCCCCCCCCCCCCCCUCCCCUUCAACAGACUAAGAAAACAUUCUCUAAGAAACUGUGAAAACACUUGAAGGUCACAUAAUUUCUCGUACUGGAUAUUGAUCCCUCAUUUUGAAGUCUAUUUACGUCUAGUUACACAAGAUGCACUACCAAAGUCGUUUUUACACAAGUCUAAACACUGUAACCUUCAGAUGUACCUAGCAUAAUUUUAGAUUAUAAGAGAAUAUCCAUCUGUAUCAAAGUGUUUAUCAAGAAUUGUGAGAUAACUUUUAAAGGUUGUACUUGCUGGCAAUAAAAGUCAUAAAAACGAGUGCAAGUUUUGAGAUCCUGAAUGAUGCAAUGUAGAUAUUCGCAUCCUAGUUCUAUUUAAAGAAGCCCUUUUCAGACAACCACUUGAAGGGAAAUUGCACAUCAGGGCCUCUAAUGCCAACUGUCCAAUUGACAGAUAUGAGACUGCCAUUUAGCAAAAAAAAAAAAAAAAUAAAUAAAUAAUAAUAAAUAAAUAAACGUGAAAAUAUGGCUUGGAGUCCAGGGGACCACCUGCAUUGUUCUCAAAAAUUAUACUUUUGGCUCCCAAAAGGUCCAAAAUCCACUGAUAGUCGGAAUAAUCACAGUACAGAAUAAAACCAUUUUUAAAUUUUUGAAUAAUUCUCAGUUGUCCCUUCUGACAUUUUGUACUAUAGUACUUACAAAUGUAG